UAGCGUGUAUCGGUGCAUUAGUCACAAGAUAAAUAUUGCGACAAGCAGGAAAGUCCAGUGUACUUAAAAUAAUAUAUUUAUAUGUAUAUGAGUAUUAUCUACUUGUCCGCCAAUUAGUUGAUACCGAACUUGUGCAGCAAUGAAACAAAUUUUAGCGCUCAGUAUUUUUUUGUCACUACUAACAUUUAUAAAAUGUUAUCGUUGUGGCCCCAAUGAAGAAUAUAACAUUUGCGGCAGAUCAUGUGAACCCUCUUGUAAAAUGAGAGAUUUUAGUGCCGCCCUUUGCCCCUGUAAUAAAUCUACGCAAGGCUGCCGUUGCCUGAAAAAUUAUUACCGAGAUGAAGAAAAUAUGCAGUGUGUGGAUGCCGAGCAUUGUUCAACGUGUGCUAAUGGUGAAAAAAAGUUAGCAUGUGGAAGAAAGUGCGAAGGAACUUGUGCUGCGCCUUAUGAACCCGAGAUAUGUGCGCGAAUUAAAUGUGGGUCACUUUUGUGCCGAUGCGACUUGGCUAAUAACUUUGUGAGAAGUACUGACGGAAGCUGUGUCAAGAAAAGAGAUUGUCAUAAGUAUUAAGAUAAUUAACCAAAUGAUAACAUUUUAAAUAUAGAUAAAUGUUGUAUAUCAGAAUAUAGCAAGUUAAAUCAUA